UUGUAGUAUUGUGUCUAUAUAUGUAUCAUGUAUUAUAUUAUGCACCUCAAGUGUGGAAUAUAUCAGGAGGAAAUUUUAUUUGAUGUAGUUAUUGAGAUUUUCCACUCAAAUAAUUCAUGGGAAGUAUUAAUUCCUCUGCAUGUGAACAUUGCAGUAAAUGAAAGUGAUGUUCAGAAAACCUUGAUUGAUGUUGUCCCGAGAAUAUUGAGUUGGAUUUUACGGUUCACAAAUAAGGAGGAAAAUGAAGAUCCUAAUGUUUGUUUUGGAUUUCACAAUAGGCCUAACAAAGUUACCAUAUCUGAGACAAGCUCUAAUCUAACCGAUUCGUUUUAUCCAUUAGGUAAUGUCUAUAGCUCCUCAAUUCCAAAUCAUUAUUACUAAACUUAAUACCCUUGUCUAAUCUAGUAAAUAUCAUUUAGCACAGACAUGCAUUGUAAGAGAACUACA